AUGUCAGAUAGUUCGGAAAUACGUACAUCGGAUUCCGAUGAUGAAUUUAUCAUGGAUAUGUUGUAUCAUCUACCAAGACCAAGGCUUUUCCGAGGUAGAUCAAAUCCUCUCGAAGAAUUUGAUGACUUUGAUUUUAAAUGCCGUUUUAGGCUUUCAAAAGAAAGUUUUGGUGUCUUAAUGCAUCUUAUUGUUCAAGAUGUUAAACACGAAACAAAAAGAAAUGUUGCACUGUCUCCAGAAGUACAAGUGUUAAUAACUCUUCGUUAUUAUGUUACUGGAACAUUUCAAUUAUUGGUGAUCAUAUCAGAGUUAAUAAAUCUACUGUAUGUAGAACUAUUAAAAGAGUUUCAACUGCUAUUGCUCGUCUUUACCCUCAGUUUAUAA